UGUACCGCACCGACGGACGGGCUGAACCGUUAGCACUCGACGGCGAACCUCCGCAGCAGUUUAACCUGUCAACAGACAGAUUUACCGUGAUAUUCACCGGGCUACUUACCGUCAGCAUGUCGCACACCGUCAUCACGACAACGACAACAACGACGAGGACGUCCGGCGACGGCGUCUUCAACAUGGGCUACACCCGGACCAUCCCGGGACUGCUCAAGAUCGGACAGAUGCUUGCUCUGCUCAUCGCCUUCCUCUGUGUCCACUGUGCUCGGGGUUGGCCCAGCUGGGCAGCUUUCCAGUACUUUGAGGUUGUGACGUUGUGGUUCCUCAUCGCCUUACUCAUCUUCUUCCUCAUGCACCUGUUCAGGCUGCAGGCAAAGAUGCCAUGCAUCAACUGGCCGCUGACGGAGUUCUUUCAUUACUCCGUCGGGACUCUCCUCAUCUUCAUCGCCUCCAUCAUCGCAGCGGUGAAGAGUUUAGGAGUUUCAGCGCUGACUGCCGGAUCGGUGUUUGGCUUCAUAGCAGCAUUCCUGAUGGCCAUUAGUUUGUGGACAUCUUACAGUGUGACCUGUGGCUCUCAUCAGACUGGCGCAUCAGUGUAAAAAAGUGAUCUGUAUCGAAGGAACCAGAUGGCCGUGUCGGCAGUUUGCUAUGUCCUGGUCAAUUUUCCGCCCAGCAACCACCUGGAUAAAUAAGACGAC